UUUGCUUAUAUUAUGAGGUUAAAUUUUGAUUUUAAAGAUUAUUAUAACUAAUUUUUUUUUGCCAGAAUUACCUACACGUGGAAGCAUGCUAGCUGGUGGACUUAAGUUUUUAGAUGCUGGAAGCCUGCUAUCUGUCGUUCUGAACUCGUCACCGUAAUCCCUUGGGUGAAAUUCGUCAUCUGUUUUAAGAUUCGCAACAUGUAUGGGAGAAAAGCUUGCCAACUUGUGAAAGAAUUUGCAAGCGGAGAAAAGGGCCAGCUCUCGCCAUUCAAUAGUGACUUGUUUGAACAAGUAGUUGCAGAAUGCAGUCAACAUCAUCUUGAGCUUCAGUCCUUGAUAAGGAAGAUACAGGAAGAAGGUUUGGAUGUCCAAACGGCUAGAAAUGCAGAUCACCAUGGAGCCCUCAUCCACCAUCUUUCUUUAGUCCGAAAUAAACGUUGCCUUAUGGCCUAUGUGUAUAAUCGAGCAGAAAUCAUACGCAGCUUGUUAUGGAAGGUAGGACAUGUGCUUCCUCAAGAAAUUGAAGAGAAGCUUAGUCAUUCGGAGGAAGAGUAUUUCAAGAAGCACUCUGCAGCAUUGAAAUCUUAUAUGUCAAAAUUGCUAGUUGAUCUGACUGUGGAUAUGGUACCGCCAAAAGAUCCUUACAUCCAAGUAAGGGUCCUGGAUGAUAUAGGAGAAGGCAUUGUGCUUAGUGAUGAUAAGACUGCCAAUUUUUCCCGCCAUUCAAUGCACUUUCUGAAGCGAACUGAUGCGGAGCAAUUCAUCGCACGGGGCUUAAUGGAGGAGCUUAUAGGUUGACCUGCUUGGCUUUUACCUGGAAGAAAUCUAGAUGAGAAUACUAUUGGUGAACUUGAUACUAAUUAUGUUAAAUUAUUUUUCAUAUAUGUUAAUGAC